UUUUAGGUGCGAUUGUUGAAAAACCUCCUGUUGUUCGAUCUCGAAGACGUAAGUCAUACAAAUUACUGUUUGAAUCAUCGUUACCGUUCUUCUGAACCAGAAGUUGAUUUCAAUCCGUUUAGAACUUGGAUGUCAGAAAUAUCGGCUUUACUUCGUUUUACCUAGUCAACGUUUUAUCGAGUUGAAAAUUACAACGUACGAUAACUAAACGAGCGCGGAAGAUUCACAAGAGUAUUAUCUGCAGUGGCUGCUUUUCGAAAAAACAAGACCACCACAUAUAGCCGGAAAGCGAACCACACACGGUGCAGUGGUCAGAAUAAGAACAAAUAAAAAAAUUACGUAAUUCUUACGUCGUCGCGUCGGUCGCAUCGAGGUCUCGUUCGUCGAGUAGCCCGACUCUCUGUGUGGACAGUGCUGUGGGUCAAAAAACUAGACGAAUAGAGGAAGCUUACCAGUUACCAUUGGCUCGGAGAUAUACAUACGUUUCACUACCGGUACACACUUGUAUGUAAAUUAUGCGGAUUUUCUGCAUUUCAGUUCGGACAAAGCUGCGAGAUCGGAAGAUGGUACUAUUCCGUGGACAUAGUAGAUCAUCCAACGUCGACGUGAAGUCCCAGAACGAGGAUCCAGCAACGCCCAGAUUAUUAAGGAUAUCGCCAUUGAGACACAGUUACCGAAUUCCAGCCGUAUGCCGAAAUUUAGACGCUUCGUUAUGUAUGCACGAUAGCGACGGCGAUUCUAUCAUUUCAGCGCCAGCUCACGGAGAUCAGCAGCACGGCAGCGAUACGAAAAAAGAUUUGAGCGUUUGGAACAAAAGCCUGUCGCAAAGAUGGCGUCGCAUACGCAGACGUUGUUCGUCGUUUACGACCAACUCCAACGGCCAAGUCGAAUCGCCCGAUAGUCAUCUGCAAAAGCAAUAUCUGCUCGAAACGAGCGGCUCGUCGUUAGACUCGCCAAAGGUCAUCGGCAGCGGUAUCGUCUUAGAUAGUACAAAUUCAUCGCUAGUGACACGUAUAAAAUGCCCGAUCGGCAACCGAGGAGAAACGCCCAACGAAAUCGGAACACCGCCAUCGUCGACGACGACGACAACCGGAGAAAACGACGCAUCAUCAGCGACGGCGAACGGAUUACCGGACGUGUCUCAUCUGCUACGAUUAAAAUUCAACAAAUUUCAAAACGGUUUUCGCAAAAGAAGAGCGUUAUCGGUGCACGAGUCGAUGUCGGAGAAGGAUAAAAAUCACGCCACCUUCUACGUACCAACUCCUCGAUCGUUGAGCCGGUCUACGGACGAUAUGGACGAAACCGAUGAUCUGGAGCCGGCCUCGUUACCUCCGGCUGCCGUCCUAGGCAGGCUAUCUUGCGCUAGAAUUAAUUAUAGGAAAUCGCCGAGCGAGUGUUCGUCCGGCAGAGGCACGGUAACGCCGACCGAAGACUUCGAUAACGAUAGUUCCGGCAGCAAUCAGUCGUCCAAGUCGAAUUAUUACAGAAAGUACUCGAACGAUGAUAGUAGAAUACGAUGCGAGGGCGGCGAUAAAAAUAGCCCGUAUUGGGAUCAAGGAUACCACAGUAUCGAGUAUAGUCCGGUGGCCGAAGGCGGUCUUUAUCGCUACAAUUCGUACACGACGACGACGUGCAACCGAAACGGCUACAAAGAUAACAACGUACCGGUAUCGUCGUCCAUCAUACGAAUUAGUUCGAAAAGCGAGAACGUACCUACGUCCAAAUUCGUCAACAACAACAAUCAUCGUAAUAAUAAUAAUUGUAGUCCGACUUGCAGAUCGAGCGCAGCAUCUAUCGUCAAUACUUCCGGCGGCAGCAGCGGCGCAUCCAGCAGAAUACCCAGUCCUCCGUGCACGUAUUACGACAGCUGUUAUCGUGGCGAAAUGCGAGACAACCUGAGAAAGUAUCAAAAUCGCGCCUCCGUCAACUACGGACGUACCACAUCGCCCGAGCAUAUUUCCUCCGCAAAUGGGUUUUCGACGCCGGAAUACGCCGCCAUUGCAUCGACCAACCUGACGCCACCGCCUCGUAAACCGAUCAACGGCGAAUUCCACAGACAACUUAGCGAGUCAGCGACAUCGUCGACCGGUUCGUCACGAAACCGUACCCCUUUAUCGGCCACCGGCAGCAGCGCCGAAAGAUGCAGACUCAUCAAUAUGUCCGAUACGCUGGAGGAUACCUUCGACGAACACUUGACGCUGCGUAACGAACCGAAGACCCGAUCGUGUCGCAGAUGGUCGCAAGCCGAUACUUUAGCCAUCGAUGCGGCCGCCGGUCUAGUUAAACCGUUCCCAGUCCGUAACGGAUUCCGUAUCGGAGAUAAAGUCACCGUCGACAUGUACGUCGGAUGCCAGCUCCCGUACGCUGCUCUGCAAUCGAUCGAACCGAUGUCGAUGCCGUACAACCCGUCGCCGCCGAUUCCGACCCCUAGAAACGAUAAACAUUUCAACAAAGUGAAUAAUCUGAGACGAAGAUCAGCUCGCAGCGUGUCGCCCGAAUCUCGCAAGAAAGAAACCGAAGCCAGAGAGAAACGGCAGCAGAUCGCGCAGAAUUUGCAAAAAUACGUCGACCAAAGAAGGAAGAACGUCGUGGUCGGGUGCAAAAGUAACGCCGAUUUGACCAGCGUGUCGGAGAACGAUUGUUGGAAAAAAGAAGACGACAACAAGGUGGCUAUAGUGGUGGAUGAAGUGGACGACGAAGAAACGGAAAACAGUAAAUUUUGCACGUUACCAAGAGGUGGCAGUAAGAACGCUACGUUUACCAUAUUGACUGUGAAUUUCGUCAAAGGAAGCGGUCAAAAAGGUCUUGGAUUCAGUAUAGUCGGUGGCCGAGAUUCACCUAAAGGCAUUAUGGGCAUUUACGUCAAGACCAUCUUUCCUAAUGGUCAAGCAGCCGAGUCUGGUAAACUGAAAGAAGGAGAUGAAGUAUUAGCGGUGAAUGGUAAAGCUCUGCAUGGGCUGAGCCAUCAAGAAGCCAUCGCCGUUUUCAAAGAUAUCAAAAGCGGUCCCGUUACCUUACAUAUUGGUAGAAGAUUACCAAAAAAGCAACGCGAACCGGUCGUUAAAACGUAGCCAGUUUUCAACUUUGCAUCAAGCAUCAGCAACAAAGUAACUAACGAUUCGCAGCCCAUGAUCCAAAGAUGGAGUUAUUAUUUUAUAAGCUUUUUUUUUUCGUUUUUUUCUUCUUUCUUGUUUUUUGUUGUAGCGUAGAUUUUUUUCUCGUGUUUCUCUUUUUUUUUAUAAUGCGUGUUUUUUUGUCGAGAUUUAUUUAUCAAUGUGUUUUGUCUUCGCUCUUUGCUUUUAUUUAUUUAUUUUUCGUUAUUAGUAUUUACGAUUUUGUAAUAUUCGUGAAAUCAAAAUCAAAACGAUCGAUUCGUUUGAAAACUUGAUUGUGUUAAAUAAGUUGCAUAUCUUGUGGUUAUCAAGGAGCAAUAUCAAUGUACCUUUUUUUUUUAUCAUUUUCACCAUUGUAAUUAGUCAUUAUUUUUUUCUCUCUCGUAUGUGUCCAAAGAUUUUGAAGAAGUAUUAAAUUUUAUUUUUUAAUAGAUUUUUCAAGUAUUUGUGCUAGAUUUUUUUUCCUUUUUUUUUUACUUAUUUAUUCGAAGGAGACUUCUCCUGUGAAGCGUGUUGCAACGUUGGUGUGUUCCGUGUUUUCUUUCUUUCUUUAUUUUUUUUUUCGCAAAUUCAACGUUGCGUUGGAAAUAAACCUUCAUUUAUGCUAAUUAGAGAUUUUCUUUGCUUAAUGUUGCUGCGAAGAAGUAUUUAAAGAAAGAACGAAGAAGGAGGAAAAAAAAUCAUUGCGGAAAAAGAUGAUAAUCUACGAAAAAAAAUCUGUUAACGGAUGUACCGUUACAAGAAGAUAUUUAUUUAUUUAACUGAACCUUGAAACGUACCGAAUUUAUGUGCACUUGGGCGCUCUUUAUAUGGCUCGAUUUUCAUUUAAUUUUUGAUAAAUCCGACUCUUUUUUUUUAGCACACCAAUUAGAUUUUUUUGUUGUAUUGUGACUUUUUUUUUUAGGAUGUCUGGUAGUGUGAAAGGUGAUCGUAGUGUGUAUGGUUGCUAUUAAGGUUGAUUUAUGAAAAAUUAUUAUAUUUUCUGCCUAGAAGUUGAAGUGCUUGACUGGUCACAUCGUGGAUAGUUCCUAGUUUUACUUUUGAUUUCGUUGUGUAUUUUUUUUUUAUCGUCCAGACGAAAGGAUAUUUAUUGUACCGUGAAAUGGUAUGAGAAAAGCCAAAGAAAUAUGUUGUAAUUGUUAGAGUACAAAAUAAUACUACUAAUUAACAUUCGCCGAUGUGUGUAUUUCUUCUAAUGGAAUUUCAAUCUCAAUGUAGAUUUUAUCAGAUCAAAAUAUUUUUCUUUCUAUGUUUUCUCGUUGAAUUGUAAAAAAUGAAUAGCGUGUUGUGUAAAUAAAUUUUUUUUUGUGAUUGUGA